CUUCAUCAGCAUGUGCUUCGUUGUAGUGAUUGGCCUGCUUCUGAAAAGGCCAUUUACCUCCAAAAAAUUGCUGAAGAAAGUCUUGCGCCUCGCAAACGUGCCCAUGAUAAUGAGGAUGAUACUUCUGCUGAACAAGAUUCUGAAAACACACAUCAGCAAUCUACGCACCUUCACCAAAAUAUGAUUGGUGGACAUCUUUUAACCAAGAUGUUUUCUAAUCAUUUUCAAGAAAAGUUAAAUAUGCUUCCUUCUCUAACAGAUCUCACGGUAUCUUUAGACAGGUGGACUGAUAAUUCCAGAAACUCUAUUUAUGGUUUUAUAGCUCUUAAAGAGCGUCAGGAAAUCGUGCUGGAUAUUCUCGAUCUGUCUGCACACCGUCAUACAAGUGAUUUUCUUAAAGAGAAAGUAAAAGAAGUCUUAUUAGCAAAUGGCAUUCAAAUAUCAUCUGCUAUUUUUAUCAUUACUGAUAAUGCAUCGAACAUGGAUAAAAUGAGGCGAAUACUCAAUGAGGAAUACCCUAAUAUAAUUCCUAUUCGCUGCUGCUUACACGUUUUUAACUUGAUUGUUAAAGAUAUUAAUUAUAAAGCUGGUAAAAGGAUCAAAAAAUUAAACACGCUUUGGCAACGUUUUGUGAAACAAGAUGGUAUUCUCUUGCUAAAGUUUGUAUGG